CCUUAGUUAUGAAAUUAAAUCGUUUAAAUUCGGCCAAAAUGGCUCGUUGGCAGCUUCGAGGAUUUCUGAUCCUGUGGACGGUCUCGGCGUGCUUAGGAAAGACUUUAGAUGCCCGAAUGGAAUCCUUUACUUGUCCAGAAGGAGAGGAGGAAACGCUCUUCAGUUGUGAGACACGACUGAUUGGAAGGGAUCGAAUGUUAAAUGGAACGUUCACAAACCAUGUCGACCUCGAUGACAGCUUCGAAGUUUGGUUAAAUAUUCUGCAAUUUAAGAAUGGAGAGUGGGUCCAAGGAAACAUCAAUUUGCGCCUCAGGGCCUGUGACUAUUUGACAAAAUUCUUUGGCAAAUAUUUCCUACCAAUGAUCAAGGACACAAAUGUUCCGCCAGUCGAAGAGUUGUGCCCUUUCCGAAAGGGCGAAUAUUAUAUUAGGAACGGCAAGAUGGAACCGCAGAAUUGGCCAACACUGUUAUACCGAGGCUUAAACAAAUUCAAUAUUGAUUUUGUAAGGAAUGGCAAAAGCACGGGGGGCUUUAGGAUUCUUAUCGAUCUUUCAGAACCAGAAAGAUAGCCUGCAAGUAGGAACGAAUUAAUUGUGAAUUAAAUAGAUACAUUUUAAAAGCAGGGUAGUAUAAAUAAUUACAUAUAAAUAUUGAUGUUUAAAAUCAAAAAGUAAUUGUCCUUUAAAUUUAUUUGGAAAAAAGCGUUUUAACAAAUUCAUAUAUGGAAUAUAAAUGUUUCCCAAAAUCUUGCAAAAAGCAGGGAGACUUAAUUACAUAAAUAUUUUAAUUUUAUCUGUCUAAAAUUUUUGGUUGACAAUAUAAGCGAUUCCUAAAGGUAUUACAAAUAUAGUUUACCUUUCUAACUUUCCCCUUGGUUUCCAAAAAUCGUUUUAUUUAUUUUCGAAAUUUAAAUUGAGGCCGGAAAUCUUGUUGAUGUAUCGAUUAAAAGUAUACGUUCGAUAGAUUUUCAAGCAGUGCACAAAAAUAAAGCAGUCGUGAAACGACGUAAGGUAAAUGUAGAUAAGUAUACGUCAAGUAAAUGUAGAA